UAAAAAGAACCUCGAUUCGCCGGCAGUCCAGGAUUUUCUUCCAAAGAAAUCGAAACAACAGGUGGAAAAGACGAAAAGGACGCAGCCAUGAGUCUCACCGCAAAAGACAAAGCAGUUGUGAAGGCUUUCUGGGGCAAGAUCGCUUCGAAAGUCGACGAAAUCGGCGGUGAGGCACUGGGCAGAAUGCUGGUCGUGUACCCCCAGACCAAAACCUACUUCUCUCACUGGUCCGACGUGAGCCCCGGCUCUGCCCCGGUCAAGAAGCACGGCAAGACGAUCAUGGGGGCCGUCACCGAGGCUGUUGGCAAAAUGGACGACUUGACUGGCGCUCUGGGUAGCCUCAGCGAGCUGCACGCGUUCAAGCUGCGAGUGGACCCUGCCAACUUCAAGAUUCUGGCCCACAACAUCAUCGUGUGCAUUGCCAUGUUCUUCCCUGCUGACUUCACACCGGAGGUGCAAGUGUCCGUUGACAAGUUCUUCCAGAACUUGGCCCUGGCUCUGUCCGAGCAUUACCGCUAAAUUGCAGGCGGAGGAAUAAGACCGAUGUCCCAGUCGCUCUGGAUGACACAUUUUCUGAGCGUAACAUUCAAUCAAUAAAUCAUACUGAAUAAUAAAA